UCAGAGCAAGCUCUGUCCUUCCCAGAUAUGGUCCACCGUGCCUAUUUAAAGGACACUUGAGCACCAAAAGUAAUGGUCCAGCCCAGCUCUACUCCUUGCUGGCAGACUACUCUGGUCUAAGCUAUGCCUUCCUUGUUAAAAUGCUGAUUUGCAGGUUGUUCAAGACAUAAGCACUGAAAAAGGAAAAGCUGUGCAGAGACACUGCAUUUUGUAUCGGAAACAAACACAAGCUUCUUUAUUCAACUGGAUUUCUAGCUUUUUGCACUGACUCCUCCUCUCUCAGACUAAGUACUCUCCACAUGGUCAAGAAUCACAUGGCUGUUCACUAUAAUAAAAUCCUUUCAGCCAAAGCUGUGGUAGACUGUUCAGUUCCACUCAGCAUGAGUACCAGCAUCAAAUAUGCAGACCAACAACGAAGAGAGAAACUCAAAAAGGAAUUAGCACAAUGUGGAAGGGAGUUGAAAUUAACUAAAACGCCAGUGCAGGCCAAUUCUAAAAAUAAUUCUGAGUCAUUAUCUAACACUCUACAAAAGCCUGCAGAAGAACCACAAAAUGAAGAUGACAUGUUAUUCAAAGAAGUGAAUGGAUAUUUGUCCUUUACAAGGUCACCAGUAACUUUAGGGCAACUACACAUAACUCUACCUAAAUCCAGUAAAGUCCUCGCAGAUGGUGUUGAGAAGAACUCCAGUUCCCUCCUGUCCAUAGAUUGUGCCAGCUCCAGGCCCAGGAAAACGUGCUCUGCAACCUCGUAUGGCAGAAGGCCCAGGAGCACAUUCCCAAAGUCCCACCGAUCUCAGUUAGCUAUUUCAAAAGCAACCAGUGGGGACCUUUUGGAUAAACAUUCUAAACUCUUUUCCAAUAGACAUUUGCCAUUCACUCCACGCACUUUGAAAACAGAAGCAAAAUCUUUUCUGUCACAGUAUCGAUAUUAUACACCUGCCAAAAAAAGAAAGGAUUUUACAGAUCAGCGGGUUGAAGCUGAAACCCAGACGGAAUUAAGCAGCUUUAAAUCUGAUUUUGAGGCAGUUGAGACUAAGGACUCCACAGAUUCAGAAGUGAACAUAAAGCAGGCAUCUAGUUGUAUGACAUAUGAAACCAAAGAAAGCAUAACUCCUUUACUUUUACAAGGGAAUGGCUUACCAUGGGAUGAGAUUAAUGAUGGAAUUCUUCAGUGUUCCCCAGCAAGGGUAGUAUGUCAGUGUUCCGUGCAGCCUCCUUCAAGGAGAAAAAUCUAUUCUGAUGAGGAAGAACUGUUGUAUCUGAGUUUCAUUGAAGAUGUAACGGAUGAAAUUUUGAAACUUGGUUUAUUUUCAAACAGGUCUUUGGAACGACUGUUUGAGCGACAUAUAAGACAAAAUAAACAUUUGGAGGAGGGGAAAAUGCGCCACCUCCUGCAUAUCCUAAAGGUGAAUUUAGGCUGCAAACCCAAGGGAAGCUCAGCGAAGCUAGAUGACAUUGCUACAUUGAAUUUACUUGAUUUUGAAGAGGCUGAUGACUCGGAACAAGAUGAACAACAUGCGGCAGUUCAGCAGGAGCGUCAAGAGUACCGAAAGGCUCUGGACCUGUUACUCUCUGCACCCAAGGAUGACAGCGAGAGGUUCUCACCAAAUGACUUUUUCCUACCUGUCUGUAAAUCCAAGUAUUCAGAAGGGGUUAUAAUUCAGCAAGUGAAUGAUGAAACGAAUCUUGGACCUUCCAUUUGUGAUGAAAAAAAUCCAAGUAUUUCAGACAGCGCCAGAGACCAAGAGACAUCUGUGACCGUCAUUGAAAGCGACAGCGACACUGAAAAGGCUGAGGCUCCACGUGACUUGUGUCCGCGCAGCACCGCGCUCUCCCAGCCUGGUCCGCUCUGCAGUGUCAGCCAGGACAGCAGCCAGCUCCUAAAAUCCUAAAAUGAGCAUUGAG